AUGGACGGCAUGAGCUAUGACCUGCCGAGCAUGGAAGCACAGGCAGCAGCAGGAUGGAACCUAGAGCAACUCGGUGACGUUAUCUCCCUGGGCUCGCUCUUCGUUCAGGGGCACAACUGGUUGAUUGCCAUCACAGUGCUUUUGAUCUCAUGGCUGCUUGUCCUUACGGUGGUUCAGUAUUGCUAUGCUGCAAGCCACUCGCGACUUCUCAAGGGGAUCACCAGGGCUCUUGUGGAUCUGGAUGCCCAGAUCUCCGGAGGAAUGCAAACCCAGCACACCACCGACCCUGAUGUGAUCACAGCUCUUCAGUGCCUGCAUGCAAAGAUGCUGCAACUUUGCCAAGACAACCGUGAACUGCACGGCUUUGUUGCAGAACUGCAACAAAAUCGCACUUUGCCCCUCAUGGAGUCAACAGUGCAGCAAAUUGCUGCUGCAGCCGAUGACACGGGCAAAAAGAUGGAGCUGUGGAUGCAAGAGAUCCCACCACGCAUCAAGGAGAUCUACCAGUUUGCUUCUGGCCUUCCGAGGACAGAAAAAGCCGUAUCGGUCAUGGCGCUUGAUACUGCUAAAGCCUUCGGCCUACAGGAGACGCUCAGUGAUGGACUUCUCAAGCAGGGGCGUGAAUCCUUGCAUUAUUUGCAGGGAGAACAGAAAGCCCAAGGGGAAAAGCUGACGGAGUUAAAGACGACGACAGAAGAAAUCCGCGCCUCGCUCAAGCAGACCAGCGUGGACCUGCAUGUGGCAAAGACGAGGAGCGAACAGAGACAGGACAGCAUCCAAAAGGAUGUCCAGUCUCUCCAGGGCUCCACUGCCAGCUCUUUCCGAGGCCUCAACGUACUGGUGCCGGCCAACAAAACCCUCAUGGAUCAUAUCAACAACAUCCUCGACUAUCUCGUGAAGGCCAACCAGGCUAACACCAAGACAGCUGAGGAUCUCUUGGCUCUGCAAGAGAUAACUGGCAACACGGACACGAGGGCCCUCCGGAUCGAGUCCAUGCUGGGCGGUAUUCAGGAGACGCUUGCCGAAGUUCAGGAUGCGGUCUUGCAAAUAAAUGAAGCCCAAAAAAUCAUACAGGACCAAGUCCAAGUCGUCCUGGACCGCACACCGAAAAUCCUCAAGCGAUCCCCGCCGUCUGGUGAAGCCGCUGCACAGCCGACUACGCCGCCGGCCCAAGCUUCUGUGGAUCCCCCACAGCAUGCGCAUGCUCAGCCGCAGCCCACGCAGCCGAUCCGCCUGGCAGAGCACUUGCAGCGCUUGACGGCUGCUGGACAGCCGCCUAUCUAUAUGGUUCAGGACCCCCUCAGGAGUGUCUCGACCACGGAUCUGCUUCGCACCCUCAUGGCGAGAGGGAAUUUCUGA